GCACCGUAACUGCGUAUAUCGAAAAGGUCGACGAUAGACGAGAGAAAAAAUUUGCCAACGUUAGCAGUCACGGAAUUGUUUCGUUAAUAUAUCAAAACGACUGAUUUUUUGACUCGCGAGUGUUAAGCUGAGUUCCAAGAAGAGCUAGUGCUAACUAACUAAUUGUAUCCGCGAAAGCGUAUAGGUGAAAUCAAGGUACAGUCUUGGCUACUCUAGGCGUAUAACCUCAAAAACAUUUUCUCAGUGUAUCUCGUUCACACAAAAUUCACACUGGUUACAUACAAUCAAGGAAGUUAUGGAGAGCAACUGCGACGUAGCUAGGGUGAAGGAAGAGCCAAACGAUUCUUGGACGAAUGCAUGUGACGAUUAUGUUUUCGAUUCGGUGGAUUCUUGCAAAGCGGAAAACUGUGAAACAUUCCCAAUUCACGAAUCAUCCGCAGAACACGCUAAUGAGACUGUGGUGUUACAGGAGAGUUUAGAUGAAAAGAUAUUUAUCGAUUUUGAAUGCAAAAAUGUUAAAACUGAAUCGACAACCAACUGCAAAUCUGAGAAUCAAAUUUGUCAACCAAUUGUAAAAGGAGAAAACAAAAAUCAGACUAAUAACCUGGAUGAAAAAAGUCAAAUAAUUUUGAUAAAAAAGGAACUUAAUUCUGAUAAUAAUUUUCAAUCAAAUGUGAGUUAUCGUUCAAAACUUGCUGACUCAUUGGAUAAACCGUAUGAAUGUGAACUUUUCUGUGGACCACGUGGCUGCGGAAGAAACCCUAAAAUUCAUUUAAAUGCGGUUAACGAUCGGAGAAAAGCCCUCGAGUGUGAGAUUUUUCACAAAUCAUUUGGAUACCGAAGUAAACUCGAAGUUCUUGUCAACGCAGUCCAUAAUCGAAGCAAACCUUUCGAGUGUGAUAUUUGUCACAAGUCAUUUUCAGUCAAGGAAAGCCUCAAAAAACACCUAAUUGCAGUUCAUAAUCGUAUAAAACCCUUCGAAUGUAACAUUUGCCACAAAUCAUUUGGAAACCAGUAUAAACUAAAAAGGCACAUAAAUGGAGUACAUAAUCGGAGCAAACCGUUUGAAUGUGAGAUUUGUCACAAAUCAUUUGGACAAAAAGGUAACCUCAAUAAACACAUAAAUGCAGUUCAUCAUCUACUUAAACUUUUUGAAUGUGAGAUUUGUCACAAAUCAUUUAGUCGACAACAUAAUCUCAAAGUUCAUAUAAAUACAGUACACGAUUGUAGCAAACCCGUUGAAUGUGAGAUUUGUCACAAAUCAUUUGGACAAAAAUGUGAUCUCAAAAUGCACAUUACAGUCCAUAAUCAGAGCAAACCCUUUGAAUGUCAGAUUUGUCACAAAUUAUUUGCAUACAAGAGUAACCUCGAAAGACACAUACGUGCAAUGCAUGAUCAAAGAAAACCCUUUGAAUGUGAUAUUUGUCUCAAAUCCUUUUCAUAUAAGGGCAAUUUCAAUACACACAAACGUAAAGUACAUAAUCGGAUCAAACCAUUCUAAUGUAAGAUUUGAAACAAAUCAUUUGAAUACCAGGAUAAACUCAAGUUUCGUGGUAAACUCUUCGAAUGCCAUGUUUGCCAUAAUUUAAUUGGAUUAAAAUGUGACCUGAAAUCUCACAAGAACGAAGUACAUGCUACAAGUAUACAAUUUUUCUCAAGCUUUCUAAACUUCAUUGUAAUGGCGGAAAACUUUUGAU